CAUGACAGUGAGAGAGUGAAAGAGAGAGAGAGAGAGAGAGAGAUGGGGGGAGGGUGACUCCUUAGAUCCAGCCCUGCUUCCGACGUCACUGCCUGGAAGAGACAAAACAAGCCAUCUCCAGCCGGCCUCCCACUCGCACACGCCUGCACCUACCAGCGUGUAGGGCACGCCAGCCAAGAGCCUCACGCACACGCCGCUCACAUUCCCCCCGGAGCCUGUUCGCUCUGUCCAGCAGGGUCUCCCUCUCUGCGCUCACCUGGCCGGCAGGAGGGGGGUGGAGGAGGAAGGGGAGGACGGCGGCAAAUCGCAAGGGAGGAGCGCAAAUGGCAGCUGACAAUAUGGGAAGAGCAGGCGUGUGAGAGCCACACCUGUCCGCGCUGAAGAGCUUUUCAGGACCCGGACAGCUCCCCGGCACGAGAGUGCGCGUGCGUGCGUGUGCGCGCGCGUGUGUGCGGCAGCAGUUUGCAGAAGAAAGGAGAAGCCGUGGGGGAGCCGAGCGGAGCCCCCGCCAUGGCCGGCGUGCAGCAGGGCGAGAAACUGCUCUUUGAAAAGUUCUGGAGAGGUACCUUCAAAGCCGUGGCCAGCCCGAGACCCGAGAGCAUCAUCGUCACCAGCAUCACGGCGUGCCGGAGGCCAGUGACACACUCUGAACCGUCGACCUGCCAAGUGGACAAUGCUGUGGAAAAGAAGGGGAGGCCAGCAGAUGUGGAGGCGGAUGCCGUGGAGAAGAAUGGACACGUCAAAGGCAGGGAGACCAAGCACCGAGGUCACCGGCGGGUGCGCAGUUUGUCUUUUGAUAACGAUCUGUCCCCUCGACCUGCACCGAAGGGAAAGAAGAAGAGGAAGAAGUCACAGCGAAAGCGCAGGAGGAAAAGGUCUCCCUCAUACAGCAUCUCGCCUGUCCGAAAAAAGAAGAAGAAGAAGAGCUCGAAAAAGAGAAAACGACACAGGUCAGACUCCAAGAAGCGAAGGCACAGCUCAUCAAGCCUGAAAAGCAAACGAAAGGAUGACAAAAAGCACAAGAAAAGAUCUCGGAGCCGCUUACACAGGAGACGCCAGCGCCCCCAUAAGUCAGACUCAGAGAGUUCUGCUUGCCGGUCCUCCAGCCCUGAUGGCAGGCGUCUGCACAGGUCUCGGUCGGGAAGUCCAGCCAGGCAGCCGGGCCACAAAGGGAAGGACCGCACAUCCACCCAGCAGAUGGUGCUCAAGCUGGGGCCGCUGGCCACUCCAGCCUGUAAUACCCCACCCAUGUACCGCCCAGCCCCCUCCGACGGCACCAUUGUGCACUCAGGCUCUGCAGUCGGAGUUUUUACCCAAAAGGGGAUCGGCCGCAAUGUUCUGUCCACUCAAAACAAAGGACAGCAGGACUAUGACUCCGGCAACGACACAUCCUCUCCCCCGUCAACCAAAACCUGCCUGUCGAGGUCAAAGGUCAGCGAGGACAAAAGCGGCCUUUGUGAAAUAGGGUCACGCUCCCCGGAGAAGUCGAGGUUCACAGGUGGUGAUAACUCCUCUGAUUCGGGACACUCUGUGACCAGUUACUCCUCCUCGUGCAAACCUCUGCCACUGGACAGUGGUACGACAUUCAUUAAUGGGAGCAGCAGAGGCAUGUUGACCCCUGCAGUUUGUGGGGGAGGCUGUGGGAGGCCCAAGGCAUCCAGAGUCACUCCUGGUCAGAGUGUGACUCCUCCUCGCAGGCGGUCUGAGACUCGAUCCCGAAGCAGCCGGAGCCGGAGCAGGUCCUCACGGAGCUCCCGCUUCUCAUCCCGCUAUUCCCGCAGUCGGUCACCAUCUUCAGAAAGGAGGUCAUACUCUCGGACGCCCAGUUCUUCGGGAAGAUCCAGACAGAGCAGUGUGGAGAGCGGAAGUUUCCGUCGGAGUCCCAGUUACACCAGAUACAGCCCAAGGAGGGCUCAAGGGUCACAGAGAGGCCACAAGAGGUCAAAACGGGAACGGCGGAGAAAGAGAUCGUACUCUCCCAUGAGGAAGCGAAGGAGGGACUCGCCGAGUCACCUGGAGGCCCGGAGGAUCACCAGCGCCAGAAAGAGGCCGAUCCCCUACUACCGGCCCAGCCCCUCCUCCAGCAGCCGCUCCACCAGCUACUCGUCCUGGAGCAGCAUCUUCACACGCAGCCGGAGCAGGAGCACCAGUCGGAGCUGCUCCACCUACAGGAGCUACAGCCGCAGCCCGUCCUGGAGCUCCAUCAGUGUGCGCAGCAGCAGCUAUGACUCUGUGGGCGUCUACAGCCGGGCUCGCCGCUAGCCGGGCCCUCCGCUAGCCGGGCCCUCAUCCACAGCCUAAUGAGCAGUGUUAAUGGCACCGGCCCUAUCAGAACUGGUACCAAACUUUUGACUCUCCUGCUUGUAUGCUUCGGAUGUAGAAGAUAUUAGCCAGUGUUCUCUGGUCCCUUGUUUUAACCGUCAUUGUGUCUCGUAUUAGGACAGUGGUGUAUGUUUUGGCUGUUGAUGAAGAAGCAAGGAUGUACAGUCGGUCUUUUGUCCCCCUUAAAAUGACACCCUUCUGGAAUGUUGAUCCAGACCCGAGCGGCUUUCAGCAUGGAGUCUGUGUAGCAAUUCUAGAGGGUUCACAGAGACAUUUCGUUAGAUGAAUGGCUGUAUUAAGAACUGGCUAAUACAUUGCAAAAAAUAUUAAGAAAUAUUAAAGCCAUCCUUAUUUCUUCGUUACUUAUGGGAUUGCACAUUAGUAAUCGAGGGUCAAAGUCAACUGUAUUGUCAUUGUGCAGAUGCACAACAAAGUCAGGCUCGCUGCUUUAAGGAAGGUGGAAAACCUCGGUUAUGGCUCAUAACUUAAAAUUUAGUGCGACCACUUAAAUUAUUAAGCCAGGCAGUUACAUGGUGAAUUUCUUUGUGUAGUUUUGAUGCCUAACACUACCCAUGGCCAGACUGAUACCGAUAUCAUACCAAACUGAUACUCAAUAUAUUUGCUCGAAGGGGAAACUGGGAAACAGGCUCUUUUGAAGACUGGAGACGCAGUGGAGGGUGAGACGUUAUAAACGUGUGAAUGAUUUCAUUACGAUCUUAGAACACUGAUAUUGUUUCUUUUCUCCAGGCCAAAAUAUUUAGCAUUUUGAUACUUCUUGUGCUGUGAAUUUGUCAGAGUUCCCCAGCUUUGACCGUUGUUUGAGGUGCCUUGGGCCUCAUAUAUAUUUUAUUUCCAGUUUUAUAUUUUUAUAUAUAUUUUUAUUUUAAUUAAGUUUAUUAGUAUUUACAUUACAGCACAUUCUGGUUUAUAAAAGAAAAAUGAACUACUGUGGUCAUCCAAGCCAGAAUUAAAGCUUUAAAACACUGCUCUAUAUUCAUGAGAACCAAAAUGUCACUCUACACCGGCUAAAUGUGAAAAGGACUGGUUAGGAUGUAAAGGCGAGGCGUCCAGCAGCUGUAGGUGGUGGAGAAUCCCCACCCAGACAUCCUAAAGCAGUGUGGGGAUAGUCCAGAUGGACUCUGGGGCAGGAUCGGUGAGUGGAAGCUGUAGAGAAGAGAGCAAUUCUUAGGGCACUGCUCAGUGGUGGUGUCAGACAGUGAGGCUGUAAGCCACUGCCUGACUCUGGAGGUGUUCAUCAGCCAAAUUACAGUGCAUUAUCACCUGGAGGUGACCACUGCUGUCCGGAAGUAUCGUGUCUAAGAUAAUGUGUUCAUCAAUAGCACACCAGACUGUAGUUUAGACUGAGCAUUAAGUAAUUGAGAUAAGUUUUUAUUUCAUAUUUAUUUUAUUUAUGGUUCUAUUUAUUUAUUUAUUGGAUGGAAGUUAUUGGUCGCUCAAAGAUGAAAACCACUUGUUUUGUACCGUUUUUCAUUGUUUCAUUUAGCUGUUGCUUAAUUAAUUCUAUUUGUAUAAUCCUAUCGGCCUAUUCUGGAACUGAUAAAUCAAAACAGAGAAACUUGGCCCAUACAGUUUCAAGCUGCUGAGUUUAUCUGAUGUGUAUCUUGCCCUGAAUCUACUUAUAUACUUUAUUUAUUCUGACCUUCUGUUGAUUACUAGGCAAAUGAAGGUUAAAUUUAUUUAUGUGAGGAAGUUAUUCAAUGCACAUUAGUUUUUUUUAUGGUUCACAUUUAUUUUCCGUAAUUUAUUCAGGCUUUUUAUAUGUGAUGGAAUGCAGUCGUGUUUUUUUAUAUAUAUAUAUAUGUCGAUAUUUAUUUUUGAAAAAAGUAGUAUUUGAAAGAACCGUGACAAACUGCAGACUGAACGAAGACUUGCAGCACGUGAGAGUGAUUCUACCGCUUUUUCAGGGUUUUUUGAAAAUGCAUUAAGAGUCAUUAUCCUUGGGGGUGAUGCCAAUCGAUGUCAAGUGGCGAUCUGUUGUUGAAAGUACGUAUUAGACUGUUCUUUUUCGAAGCUUUUAAACACGAACUUACCCGGACCUCACACCGGGCAAGUGAUCAUGAAUGUUUUCAAACAGUAUAGUUUGCCCAGUGCGUGUAAUUUCUUCAUGUAUGGAAAAUUUCAACUAAACCAAGUUGAUGAGGAAAAAAAAUGCACUCCCUAUGCAUUGUAUAUAGGAGGAUUGCUACAUUAUGUGUAAGAUAUUGACUAAUGGUCUGUCCAGUAAUUCAUUCUGAGGUUUAAAAAAAAAAACAAAAUAUUUCAUGGCACAAUACAACGAUGCUUUUAAAGUGGACUACGUUAUUUGCUUUUUUAGAUAUGAUGUAUACAAUGAAGGAAAUAUGAAUACAUAUUUUUUGUUGUGUAAAUACACAUCUGUGAAAAUGGAGACGGGGGUUUUAAUAUCCCUUCCACGUCACGCGCACUACAGAAUUAAUGUGAAGGUUUUUUCCCUGUGUAAAUAGCGUCUGCCCAGUGAUGGUGACUUCAUAGAUCUGCUUUGCGUCUCUAAUGCAAUAACCCUUAAAAUUGUGAACUUACGCCAGCGAUUAUGCUUAAUUAAAACCAUAAGAUACUGUCUGGGUCCAAGAAACUGCUGGUGGGUACUUUGUUUUGAAAGAAAGUGCUACACUGCACAUAAACUCUCUGAAAAAUUAAGUGCAUAAUUCAAUUAGAUAUACAUUCUGUCACUUAUUGUACGAGUAGGCGAUAGCAGCCUACCAAGAUGGUAAAAACUGGGAUGAAUAUGAAUUUAGAUUAAUUACUGGUGCAUUUUAAGUGUGUCAAAUCGGCUUUAACGUUACUCCGCUCAUGUUUACAACAUGCUCAUCAAAUCCCCUUUAAUAGUCUUCCUCUUCAAUUUUGUGAACUUGUACAAUUUCCAAAAUAAAAGCUAUUUCAACAUCA